CCCCGCCCUACCAUAGAAAUUCCAUCGUCUGCGUGACUCAACUGUCUGUCUUCUGUCUUUCCUCACCACUCGGUUGCUUACCUUGUGAUUCAACUCCUUUUCUCUGCAUAGAGUGGUCUACCUCAUUGCCACUGUAUUUUCGUUUUAUAUGGUGAAGCAUUAACACUGGGAAGCGCCUCUGGGGAUAAGUUGUUGUAUGCACAUACAUAUAAGCCGUUGUUCCCCGCUCUGUCUUUCAAAAGACUCUGGCGCUUUACGUUGUAUUCAAUAUCCUGGCUGGCCCCUUGCACACCGAUCACUCACAUCAUGGCGCCUCGUGGCCGUGGAAAGUUCUCCAAGCCUUCGCGAGGAGGUGGGAAACACUUUAGUCGCGAUGUUCAACCAGUUGACAAACACGGUAAUCCUGUCAGUCUAUGGAGAGAACCAGACGACGAUGCCGCAUCUUCCUCACAGGAGGAGGGGGGCGACGAGGAGGAGGAAGUGUCCGAAUCAGGAGAAGAAUCUUCAAAUGAAGAUACUAAACCUGGAUCCAGCUCUGCUGCAGCUCCAGAGAUGACCCGCGAGGAGCGCCGAGCAGCAGCCAAAGCCAAGAAGCAAGCUGCUAUAGCGAAACGGAAUCAAGUCCAGCCUGGCGAUCUACCACCAUCUGAUUCGGAGUCAGAACAUGGCGGGGGCAGUGAUGAGGAUGAAGAGUUGCCCUCAAAUCCGAAUCACACGGCCAAGUCUCGCUCGCAAUUAAAGGACUCGAACCCGGACCAAGACAUGUCGCAGUUGUCCAGGAGAGAGCGCGAAGCCAUUGAGGCUCAGCAGGAACGUGAACGCUACCUGAAGUUGCACGCGGAGGGUAAAACAGAGGAGGCACGUGCAGAUCUGGCUCGUCUGGCUAUCAUUCGGGAGCGCCGAGAGGCAGAAAGGUUACGGAAGGAGGCUGAGAAAGAAGAGAAGGCAGAGCUAGCCAAGCAGCGGGCUGCAGAGAUAGAGGCAAAGCUGAACGUGAAGAAAAAAGGUGGUCCAAAGAAAAAAUAAAAGAACAAAACAGCUUGCCUUGGCUUGGAUAUUGAGUCUUUGAUGGGGAAUAUGGGGUGGCUUUAUUCAAA